AUGUUGUCUACAAUUGCGUUUAGCAAGUUUGCAUCUGCAUCCUUCUUGGCGGUUUUGCUUUCUCCGGCGUCUCUUCCUUCGGAAUUGUCAUCGAAUGCCGCUCCACCUGUUCCGGUGCUUGAAGUUAUUAAAGUAUACGGUAGACUGGCUUCCGCAUCUUGCUUUGGAAAGACAGCUCCGCCCGGAUCUUCGUGUCAAGUCACGAGCGAUGAGAUGAAAGAUAAGUUGGGGCUAACUGAUUCUUCAACAAUACUGAAUCGAGAUGAAUUCGGAAAACGAUUGUCGUCUCUCAGUUUCCAGUGGCCGUUAAAGCCUUACGGAGUGGAUAAAGGCCUCGAAAAGACGGUCAUGAUGAACAAAGGAGCCGAAACAAGCGUUUAUAUGGAAGAGCUGGAAGUCAAGGGUCUGUACGACCGACGCAACCCAACAGGUCCGCUGCCAACAAGCUUGAGGUCGAAACUGAACGUACUAUUGCAAGAGGAGAAUCUCGAUCCUAACGUCGUAAAUAUAUAUUUCGCGGCUCUUUCGACGAGAAAGGAGCUGACGGCGGCCGAUAUAGAUGCGCUAUUUUUACGAAAAGCUGCUCUCGACUAUUACGAUUUUAUCCAACUUGUUGGUGCAAGCAAUGUUGUCUGGCCUUGA